AUGUCGAUGUUCUUGAAUAAAUUGAAAACAAGCAAUAAGCGUGCCCCUUUGCGCCUCGAGAGCACGCGGGUCCCGCCGCUUUCGCGGACACCGUCGGCUAACACAAAGUCGCUCACCUUUCAGGGCACUGCUGGCGGCACCACUGGCACGGCCGUCGCCCACAAGAAGAAGGAUGAACCGCCGGUAGAGGUCACGCCUCUCGAGAAGAUGCUGGCGAACGCAGGCCCGGUACGAGAAGAUGGGACAGACAAGUUCUUUGGCAUGGAAAACUUCGGAAACACCUGCUACUGCAAUUCGAUCGUCCAAGCAUUGUACUUCUCCGAACCUUUCAGGGACAAUGUCGUCAACUACCCCCCGCUCUCGCCCUCAGACACCCCCAACGGCACGGCGCCAAGGGUCAACGUCUCGAUCAGACCGCCGGCCGUCAAGGAGCCUCCGCCGCCUGCGCCCCCAAAGAAGGGAUUGUCGACGUCGCAGACAUUGAAGCAGCGACAGCUCAUCAACUCGGGGCAGCCCAUACCAGGCCAGCCGCUGAAGCCAGAAGACCGCCCCGACUCCCCCGAGUACAAGAAGAAGCAGGCCAUGAUCAAGGGUCCCGUCUUGGAGCUGACGCAGGAGUCGGCAACGGUUUACGGCAUGGAUGAGUGUACCUUCACCGGACUCAAGGAUAUCUUCAUGGCCCUUCGCCAGAGCGAAACGAGGACAGGCGUCAUUAGCCCGCAGCGCUUUCUCGAGAUAUUCCGGCGGGACAACGAGAUGUUCCGGACAUCGAUGCACCAGGACGCGCACGAGUUCUACGGCAUGGUGCUGAACGACGUCAUCACGAACGUCGAGUCGAACGCAAGGCAACGCCAGGUGAAGGAGAAGGAGGAGACGGAGACGGGGCUGUCGCAGUCGGUUCAGAAUGCGCUUGGUGCUGGCUUGGUGGCGAAUGGCCGAUCUGGGACGAGGUCGCCCGGGACCGGCUGGGUACACGACAUCUUUGAGGGCGUCCUCACCUCGGAGACCAAAUGCCUCACGUGCGAGACGGCGUCGCAGCGAGACGAAACCUUCCUCGAUCUGUCUAUCGACCUGGAGGAGCACUCGUCAGUCACGUCAUGUCUGAGGAAGUUCUCGGCCGAGGAGAUGCUGUGCGAGAGGAACAAGUUCCACUGCGACCAUUGCGGUGGUCUGCAAGAGGCCGAGAAGCGCAUGAAGAUCAAGAAGCUUCCCAAGAUUCUCACCCUGCACCUCAAGCGCUUCAAGUACACAGAGGACUUCACCAGGUUAGAGAAGCUGUUCCACCGGAUCGUCUAUCCCUACCACCUGCGCAUGUUCAACACGACGGACGAUGCGGAGGAUCCGGACAGACUCUACGAGCUGUACGCAGUUGUCGUCCACAUUGGCGGGCAUGCUUACCACGGCCACUACGUCUCCAUCAUCAAGACGCAAGACCGGGGCUGGCUCCUGUUUGACGACGAGAUGGUCGAGCCGGUGGACAAGCAUUUCGUGCGCAACUUCUUUGGCGACAAGCCCGGGACGGCCUGUGCGUACGUUCUCUUCUACCGGGAGACGACCUUUGAGAAUGUCGUGGCGGAGCAGGAAGCCGAGGGCCUGGAGGAGGUCAAGCUGGCGAGCCAGAAGGCCGAGGUCGCACUCGGCGUCGAGCCCAACGGCACGGCAGGCGGCCUGUCCAGAAACAUGACAGUGCAGCCCGGGUCGCCGCUGGACGACCGCGAGGAGUUUGUGUCGCUGGACCACGCACAGACGGCGCCGGACCUCCUCAGGAGCCCACAAGCCGCCGCUCCCACGCCGACACGGCCCCUCGCGCCCGCGCCCCCGACGCCCGACAAGAAGCAGAGCAAGGAGGAGCGGGAGCGGGAGAAGAAGGAGGCCAAGGCGGCGGAGAAGGCGCGCAAGGCGGCGGAGAAGGAGCAGGCCAAGCUGGACGAGCGGGCGCGCAGGGACAAGGCGGCGGCGGACGAGCGGGCGCGCAAGGAGCGGCUCGACACCCUGCGCGAGCGGCGCCGGGCCGAGGAGGACGAGCUCAAGCGCGCGCUCGAGGAGAGCAAGCAGACGGCGGCCAGCGAGGCGGAGCUGCGCAAGAAGGAGAGCAACACCACCAACACCAACAGCAGCGCCGACACGACGACGCCGCUCAAGAGCGUGACCUCGGGCAGUGGCGGCGGCGGGGGGUUCCUCAACCGGUCGAACCGGGGCAGCAAGUCCAUGUCACGCAAGAGCUUCGGCAGCAUCCUGGGCCGGGACAAGGACAAGGGCGGCGAGGUGACGACGGUGGAGCACCACCACGGCAACGGCAACAGCGGCAGCAACGGGAACGUGGCGCCGUCGUCGCCGGCGACGGGGGACAACAAGCCGCUCAAGGAGCGGUUUAGCUUCAGCCUCGGGAGGAAGAAGAGCAAUUCUGUGUUUCAGUAG